AUCCGGGUGACCAACUGAGAGCAACAGCCGUCUCCAGAGUCUUGAGGAAGAGGAGAGCUUCCACUUCCAGAGGACCAACUCAAUGACCAUGAAGUCCACUUGUCUGCUCAUCUGGGCUUUCCUCGCGCUCUGCAACUUCACUGCGUCUGGAGGACAGGGCGUCCCCGCCGAGGCUGAGACGGACGGGAGGACCAUCGACAACAUCAUCCUCCAGAGAGCAGAAAGUCUCCUGCUGCGUUCCAUUCUCAAGAAGAUACAGGACGAAGACGGCAGAAACGAGGGAUCCUCCUCUCAGGCAGAAUGGGUGACAAAACGACAGCAUCCCGGUAAGAGAUACGGCGAGGACUUGGAGAAGCGGCAGCAUCCGGGGAGGAGAGGAGAAGGAGGAGAAGAGGGGGACCAGUACUCGGACGUUCAGAAGAGGCAGCACCCGGGCAAACGCGAGGUAGAAGAAAUGCACUCGUUCACGGAGCUGCAGAAGAGGCAGCAUCCGGGGAAGCGCUUCGCAGUGGCGGGACGCGUUUCCGAAAGCCCCGCGACGCUCCUGGGGGGGGGGCUUGCAAAGCGCCAGCACCCGGGGAAGCGCUACCUGGUGGUGCACAGCAAGCGCCAGCACCCAGGUAAACGCGACGGGGACGACGACGGGGACGACUGGGAUGUGGACGGAGAGGGAGACGACGACGACGACGACCUCGCCGACUUGGAAAAGCGGCAGCACCCCGGGAAACGGUUUUGGGAGAACUCCAGUCCGGAUUUGGGCACAAACAGUCCGUGUGACGCGUCGGACCCUACGAGCUGCAGCAAGACCAGUUUGCUGCUCGACUUUUUAGAUGACAUUCACAAGAGCCACGCCGAGGAGAAGCGACAGCACCCGGGUAAACGGUUUGCACCCGAGGAGGACUCAGUGGAAGGAGAGUAGGACUAGGAGCAGAAGGUCCGGUGUGUGCGUGUGUGUGUCUGUGUGUGUCUUUGUGUGUCUCUGCUGCUUCGUUGUAAACAAAUACAUGUUUAAACCAUGUGACCACAGUGAAUUAUUAAAAAACGAAAACUUAAUUUACACCAUUUAAUCUGCUGUGCCACCCGACAGUUACUGUACCAUCGUCGCAAAAAAAACACACACAAAAAAAACACACGCACACAUGCAUCUGCCGUUUGUUCAGUUUGGAGAGCAUGUGCGUAAUUAUCAUCCAAACCGAGUAUAUCGCUGUAAAGUUGGCGCGUUAGCACGUGCCAUUUCCUGAUUUAAUAACUGAAUUUAUUUAGUAUGUAUUCCGUUGAUUCGGCUCAAAUCAAGUCCGCGAGUGAACGCGUCAUCAGCCUGCUGGCUCUUUGGCGCGGUCGCCUCUGUGAGGCGGCGCGCGCUCUUCAGCCCAGAAAUAUAUGAUCAAUGGAAAGCGGCCGACGUUUUACAGCUCUGCAGAGGGAAUCGAUUUUAUGUGUGCUUCAUUAUUUUCUACUCAUGUACAAUAUAAUUAAUACCGUCGCAAAAUGAAAUA